GACAAAGAAGAGAAACAAACGAAACUUUGGUAUUACCAAGAUCGAAACAGAGAAUAUCCCGAGAAAGUGGUCGAACUGGGAAUGGACAAUAACAUGUCGUAUAAUAGAAUUUACACGACGCCCCAGCUGUCUCUGGUAAUUAAGAAUCUUGAGAUCGCGGACGCUGGCAUUUAUUUGUGCCACGGCGAAGAGGGACAGGAGGCUGAAAAUAAAUUCAACUACAGAAUCGAACCGAGUUUUAAGGAAUCCAGUGUCGUACAUAAAGAGCAAGGGAAUAUAACCGAGUGGGAGAAAUAUCGUGAAACCUACCUGGGACCGGUUACCAUUCGAUUUGCCGUCUCUAAAAUGUCGGAAUUGUCUGAAAUCCGAGAUGUAGGAGUGACUUUGCAUGUAAUUUCCGAAUGGGGUCCUUGGGGCCCGUGUGAACAAUGCGUAAGAGGUCAUGGCACUAGAUCGAGUAUAGGAAAAUGUCGAGUAAAGCGAUUUAUAAAUGAGACGAUCGCUAGCCAGAGCGAUUCUUCGAUAGUCAAGUUUUUCCAAAAGGCUCCGUCAUUGCCCUGCAACUCUAUUCUACUCGAAAAAGAGUUUCCUGGCGUCAGUAUGGCGGUACGGUAUUUACCUGACUACAUCCUGAAGGAAUCGUGUACAAAGUGUGUGCGGGUAAAGAAGAAGUCGUCUCGCACGUUUAGAUACAUCAAACGAUACGUGCUCAUGGAAGGAGCUUACCUCACCGUCAUUUGUCCCGAGUCGAGCUUGGAAACGCAAGUGUCGUGGAAGAAGGAUUCGAUCACAUUGGAAAAAGGCGUCCGUAGAUCAUUUCGCAAAUUGGAUACGGUUGCUCGCGUGGUAGUAGACGCGUUCGGGACGCUUUAUCUGAUAGACGUUUCCCCUUACGAGGCAGGGAACUAUACCUGCUCUGUCGAUAACGUUAAGGUGAUGCAACUGAAAGUAAUCGUUGUUUCCAAAGCCAGACUAUUAACUCAAGAAUUUUUGCGUCACCUGGGAUACCUGGGAUAUAUAUUCCUGCUGUGCUCGCUUUGCUACUGCAGUGGACUGAUUUACACCUGUAAACAGAGGCACAAAUUUCGCGCGGUCGAGUCGAUCAAACAGGAAGGCGAAGAAAAAGAGGAAGUACCGUUGAUCGAUCAAUAG